AUGGUCCUGUUGACACUAACUCCUGCUGCCAAAUCCGCUGUCGAGCUGUACAAUCAAUUGUCGCAUCAGAACCAACAUGAAUCGUCGAAUGGCCCCUCCCUGAGCGAGCCCGCCGUCGGCGCUCCUGUAUCACAUGCACAAUUGAUCCAAGUCGCGCGCUUCUUGCGCGAGAGUCAGCUUGAGAACAAGAACGACUUCCGACUCGAUACUCUGCUGAAGGGGGCAAACAUCUAUGUGCCUCCUCCGAAACCGAAGCCUCAACCAGUAUGCACAUACCCAAUCUUGCCUCCCUCACAACCGCCCCUUGCUGACAUGAAUCGACAGACUGCUGAGUACACUGCCCUGAUGGCUCGUCUUCGCAGAGAAGAGGAGAACAUUGCAUACCAACGCUUAAUCAACCCGACUUCGUCCAUUCCCGAGCCAUCACGUAUCCGAGUAGAAGACGAAGAGGAUGAAGUGACCUACACAGAUGUCAACCGUCAACUAGCACUCAUCAUCAAUGUCCUCGUCUCCAUCAUCGCCUGUAGUGUCGCCAUCUGGAUCGCUGCCCGUCACUGGAGCGUCCCUCAACGAAUGGCCUUGAGCAUGUUUGGAAGUGGUACCGUUGCUUUUGCCGAAGUUGCAAUCUACAUGGGCUAUCUGAGACGCAUCAAGGAUGCAAAACAAGUCGAAGGAAAGAAGGUUGAAACAAAACAAGUCGUCGAGACUUGGGUCAUUGAGAAAAAGAAUCCCAAAAACGAACAUGAACUCAGGCAGAGGAAGGGCGGCAAGCAUAGAUAG